AUGAAGUCAAGAGCUGUGUGUUGGACUCAAUUCACAAAGUUCAAUGCCCCAGACGGAUACAAGAUGUCAAGGUGUAUGAAGUGUGGGAAGGAGUAUGAGGCCGAUCCAUUUCUUAAUGGAACCAAUGAGAUGAAUGUUCAUAUGCGAAAAGGUUGUGGUGACGAAAAAGGUACUACUCAACAACUAUUGAACUUAGGAAAAACUGGGGUACAAGGUGCUGGUACUUUAACGAACUGGAAGUUUGAUCAAGAAGCUACUAGAAAAGGAUUAGCUUACAUGCUCAUUGUUGAUGAAAAACCAUUCAAGUUCGUUGACGGGAUGGGGUUUAAGUACUUCAUGUCACUAUGCUGCCCUAUGUUCAAUAUUGCUUCUAGAAGAACAAUUACUAGGGAUUGUUUUGCCUUCUAUAGUGAAAUGAAAGACAAGUUGAAAAGGUUUUUUCAAAUUUGUGAAUGA